CAAGAUCCACUGGCCAUGCUCUUUGGGACUGAAUGCGGGAAAGUAAACGAGAAUCUUCCGGGUUUUUUUUCUUUCUUUGUUUUUAGUGACCGCGCAGGGAUUUCUGCCUUCUCCCUGAAAAGAUUCCCGUUCAGGAGAAGAUAGCGAAAGGAACCCGGAAACGAGGCGUGAAGAGAGACGACUUCGCUCAAGCCACGGCCGUUGGAUCUCCAGGGGAUGGGAGCGAGCGCGCAGGCGUAUUUGCGCUUAAAGGAAGGCUUUCAAAGAGUGAGGGACUUGAUAGGAGACGAGCGCGCGCCUCUCCGUGGUCCGGCGGUGGCAAAACAACAAAAAGGCAAGAGAAGAGAAAAAAUGAACUGGAGGAUGAUGCUGACACUGGAGAACUUGGCUUAUUUGCAUCGGGCUUGCAAACAGUUGCAUUCUCUGUCUUAUGGGAAAGCUUACAGAACACAGUGGAAGCCUUCCCUAUCAUCUGCCUACCCCAUGAUCCCGGUUCACCUGCACCCUCAGCUCCGGCAGCCAGACAUCAACUCCCAAGUCAGGCUUUUAACUACCAAGGAGAGAAAGAAAUCUGGCAAGGAGAAACUUCGACAGAUAAAACCAAAAGUGGAGAAGCAGGAGGUUGAGAUAAUGUCUGAGAUGACUGUGGAAGCUCUUGCAAAAGCCAUGCAUAAAGAUAUAGAUCACAUAUAUGAAGCUCUGUUAAACAUGGAUAUUGAUUUAGAUGCGCUAGAACCAGACUCGGUCUUAAAUGAAGUGUGGAUCAAGCAUGUUAUUAAGAAAUCUGGCAUGAAACCUAAAUGGGCCAAGCUAAAAGAGGAAAAAGUAAAAGAAAAUAAAGAUGCUGUAAGGAGGCCUCCUGCAGAUCCCACUUUAUUAACCCCAAGACCUCCAGUUGUUACCAUACUGGGCCAUGUUGACCACGGGAAAACAACUCUUCUAGACAGCCUGCGAAAAACUCAGGUGGCUGCAACGGAGGCAGGAGGCAUCACCCAGCAUAUUGGUGCCUUUCUAGUGCAAUUGCCUUCUGGGGAAAAGAUCACUUUUCUUGAUACUCCUGGCCAUGCUGCAUUUUCAGCUAUGAGAGCAAGAGGUACACAUGUCACUGAUAUAGUCAUAUUGGUGGUAGCAGCAGAAGAUGGAGUAAUGAAGCAGACUGUGGAAUCUAUUCAACAUGCUAAAAAUGCCAAAGUUCCAAUUAUCGUUGCCAUCAACAAGUGUGACAAGCCUGAAGCUGAUUCUGACAGAGUGAAGAAAGAGCUACUUGCUCAUGGUGUGGUUUGUGAAGACUAUGGAGGAGAUGUUCAGACUAUCAACAUCUCUGCAUUGAAGGGUGACAACUUGAUGGCUUUGGCAGAGGCAACUGUCGUGCUUGCUGAAAUGUUGGAACUGAGGGCAGACUUCACGGGCCUAGUAGAAGGUACCAUCAUAGAGUCUCGUACAGACAAAGGAAAAGGUCCAGUGACCACAGCUAUUAUCCAAAGAGGAACUCUGAGAAAAGGCUGUAUUUUGGUUGCAGGAAAAAGCUGGGCAAAAGUGCGCCUCAUGUUUGAUGAAAAUGGCAAGGCAGUGGAAACUGCCUCCCCGGGCAUGCCAGUGGAGAUUGUAGGAUGGAAGGAUGUUCCUUCAGCAGGAGAGGUCAUACUGGAAGUGGAGUCUGAGCAAAGGGCUCGUGAAGUUACUGACUGGAGAUCCUAUGCUGAACAACAGGAGAAAAUAAAGAAGGAUCUAGAGGUCAUAGAAGCCAAACAAAAGGAGCACACAGAUGCCUACAAGAAGGAGCGAGAGGGCUUGACCAACAUGACCUGGAAGGAGAGACAUAAUGUCUUGUACAAAGCCAAAAGGCAUCAGAUGUAUUGGCGACCUAAGGAAAGAGUAUCCACAACACGCAACUAAUACAUUCUUGUCCACCCAGGUGAUGUUGAUGGUUCUGUGGAAGCCAUUUUGAAUAUCCUCGAUACCUAUGAUGCCAAUGAGGAGUGUGAAUUAGACGUUCUCCAUUUUGGGAUUGGGGAUAUAAGUGAAAAUGACCUGAACCUUGCACAAGCAUUUCAAGGUAUUGUGUAUGGGUUCAAUGUGAAUGCAAGUAAAUCUAUUCAGCAGUUGGCUGCUAAAAAGGACAUAAAGAUUAAAAUUCACAAGAUCAUCUACCGACUGAUCGAGGACUUGCAGGAGGAGCUGAGCUGCACAUUGCCCAGAACUGUGGAAGAGCAUAUAUUAGGAGAAGCUGCUGUUUUAGAUACAUUUGAAGUCACAGUAGGGAAGAAAAAAGUUCCAGUGGCUGGCUGCAGGGUACAAAAGGGACAACUAGACAGAAAGAUGAAGUUUAAAUUAAUUCGUAAAGGAGAUGUUAUUUGGUCAGGCAACGUGUCGUCACUGAAGCACCACCAGAAUGACAUCUCUGUAGUGAAAACUGGCAUGGAUUGUGGACUGAGUUUUGAGAAGAACAUAGAGUUUCAAGUUGGCGAUGAGAUUGUUUGUUUCAGUGAAGAGGAGGUUGAACAGACAAUUUCUUGGAACCCAGGAUUUUGAGUUGUACAGCAGCUGUGAGACACUGGAAUUAUGGCCUGAACUCUUAACCAUUCAUGGCAUAAUGGAGCCUUUUGGGAAGCAGGAUGCAUUGUAGAAGUUACAGUUCUGACACUAACAUUUCAGAAAUGGUUACUAGGGAUUGAAUGCCCAUUUUUUCCACUUUGUGGCAGUUUAGCAGAUUCGGAUGCAGAUGACAGGACAACUGUUUUACGAGCUGCAAAAUGGGACAUAUGAGAAGUUGGUUGGAUGCCUGAUUUAUACUACACUGGGGGCGGGAACUACAAGAGCUCAGUUCAGGCUGGACCAAAAUAUAAUUUUGCUGAGCAUAUCUGCUUGAGUACUAAUUAAAACAUGGGGGGUGAAGGUGGUGGGGUAGUAGGGUUUUGUUCAAGCAGGAGUGUCUUUGCAUUUAGGAUACAGAUCCACCUUAUGCUUUCAGGAGCCAUCCAUAGGGUCACACUCUCCUGUAAAACAGUGAUCCUGACUUUCCUCUACCUCACUGAAGCAGCAGGUAUUUCAGGAAAAUACCCAUUUAUUAACAGCUCUCUCCAUAAAAGGACAAUUGGCUUUGGAACCUCACAGCAUUUUGUGACUGGCCCCUUUCACUGUGACAGCCAUUUAUGGCAUCAUCUACUCCUACUCGUCAAAAUUCCAAAAGUAGUCACAGGUUCAAGACCCGAUAGACAAACUUAAAGAACAUGAACUAAAGAGUCCUUUUUGACCAUUUUCAAAUUCGUAAGUAUGAGUUAUACCUUUUCAUCCUAAUAAUGAAGGUAAUUCAAAGAAUGCCCUGGAUCAGUGAAAGAUACGAAGUGUUAGCAUAAACCCAGUAAAAGUAUUCUGGUAAAUAUUAACAGCACACCUUUGAUUCUCCCUUUUCUGUAUGUAUUCUUAAAUCAGUUAUAAUUCAGGAAACUGUAGAGUCCUAUUCUGUUGAUCUUGAUAAAAAUGCUUCCCAGAACAUGUGAUGAUAGUGGGAAACGGAGAAGAGAGGGAAGUGCUUCAAUUGGUACCUGCUGAGUUCACAGUGAGACAGACACCCACCAUAUGGGUUGCCAGUAAGAAACUUUUUUAAAAAAAAGCAGCACUGCAGGAAAGGGCUUUUCGUCUACCAGUCUCCUUCAGUUGGCAACCCAAAAGGCUGCAGUUAAACAGGUGGUUAAAUAUUAUGCCACCACACUUAAAAGCUACCUUUUCAUCUGUUAAUGGCAUAACCACUGAUGGAAAGGCAGGGAAGUGGCAGGUAAAAUUAUCCAGUACCCCUUACAAGUCUCCCCCAAGUGAGUGAUUUUCUAAAAAUUAUUAAAAGACCCAACCACAGAUCUAUUUAAUGGCGCCCUAGAAAAAAAAGGAAAAAACAGCACUAUCAUCACGUAGCAGGCACAGUGGCAGUUGAAAAUCUUGCAUGCCUGCUAUAGACUGAGACAUGAACUAUGACUGAGCAGUUUGCUGGUUCAAAUGUUAAUAAUUAUUUUAAACAUUUUUAUCUAAUCUCUCCAUGUUCCAUACUUACUUGAGAGCUAGUUUGGUGUAGUAGUUAAGUGCA